AUGCCGCAGCAGGAUGCCACUGAUACAACCACCCUCAGUUAUUGGUUAAAUUGGAGGUUCUUUUUGUGUUUAGUUUGUGUUUUGCUCUCUAUGGUCUUUGCAUUUCUUGUAAUAUGGAAGGAUAUACGUUCGAGGAAAUUCACAUAUGGCAAAGGAGAAAAUCAGCAAGAGGGAACUUCGUCUGGGGAUGAAGCAUGGAAACCAUGCCUGAAAGAAAUUCACCCAUUUUGUCUGCUAGUUUUUCGUAUUAUUGCAUUCUCUUCUCUUUUGGCAUCACUAGUUUUCAAAUGGCGUAUUAAUGGUGGCUCCAUAUUUUAUUAUUACACUCAGUGGACCUUCGCUUUGGUUACAAUUUAUUUUGGGUGUGCAUCUAUGCUAUCAGUGUAUGGGUGUUACCAGCGUAACAGAUCAAGCACCAUCUUUAAUGUUGGUACUGUUAGACCAGAUGCAGAGCAAGGGCCAUACAUGCCUCUCUUGCACCAGGAUACUACUAUUCUGUCUAGAAUGGAACACCUUGCUGAUCCCCAUGAUGUAAUACACAAGAAUAGAAUUACACCCAUCGGGAGUUAUAUUUUUCAAAAUUUAUUCCAGAUGAAUGCAGGGGCGGUGAUGCUUACAGAUUGCGUUUAUUGGUUAAUUAUAUUUCCAUUCCUUACUCUGAAGGAUUACGAUUUUACCCUUAUGACAGUGAACAUGCAUACUCUAAAUCUUGUUUUCCUCCUUGGAGAUGCAGCUCUAAAUAGUCUGCCAAUACACUGGUUUGGAAUGUCUUUCUUCGUGUUAUGGACAAGUUUAUAUGUAAUUUUUCAGUGGACUAUCCAUGCUUUCUCCUGGAUUUGGUGGCCAUACCCGUUCCUUAAUCUGUCAUCACCCUAUUCUCCAUUGUGGUAUGGCAUUUUUCUCUACAUUCUGAAUCACUUCAGUUCUGAAGGAGAUUCCAUUGAUAUACAGUUGGAACUGGUACUUGUUGAUUGCAUUGUUACAUAUUCCAUAGUUGGGGCCCUUAAGAACCAGAAACAGUUUAGCCUGCACAUAGCUCUCCCAGAUGCACAGUGGAUGGUUGAGCUUUGUUACAUGCUCAUGGCUCAAACAAUUUACUGA